AUUCAAUCCCAGUCACUUAUAUUUCGGUUCAGAACCUGCACUGUCGAAGUUACUUUUGAGUCUUCACCCAUGGAGCAACCGCGACGCCGUCCCAUUGAGGAGCAAUGGCUCCAGGUGAAGGGAUUGAUUCGACGACAUUACCUCGCAAACGACAUGUCUCUCAAAGACCUCACAGCCUUACUGUGUGGCAAAGGUCUUCCGAUUACGCCCAACUGGAGUACAAAUUGAAGAAAUGGAAGAUGUCAAAGAACAUCGACGACGAGGCAUGGAAGUCUACUGAUCAUGUCAUCACGAAACGGAAGCGCCAAGGCAAGGAUAGCGAAGUAAUUCACUGCGGCAAGCGAUUGAAACAGUCGACAGUCAACAAGGAGACAAACCGUCAUCGCGAUGUGAGCAUUUUCGCUCGAUCUGCUCUAGAAAGCCCACCUCCCCUCUCUCCAACGAAUACGCAGCUCAUCGUCUGUACUCCGCCGCCAUUCCCCAUGGAGUUCGAGUGGCCAAGCACAUUACCAUGGCUUAACUUCCAAGACAUCUUCCUAACCUGGGCGUCAAAGUUUGGUCAGGUAAAUACUCUUCAGUCUAGCACGAUGACUGAGCCUGAGACACCACAUGUUGGUACCCUUUUGCAAACAAUCGCGGAAGGCCGGGGAGUUCAAACAAUUGACGCACCGAGGCGAAUUUCGAGAUUAGCUGCCAAUAUCGGCAAAAAGAUGCCAGAGUUCUAUCCCGGAGAGCACUUGCAAACCGUCCAUGUUCUUGUCACCAGCUCCGGAAUAGAGCCUAUGAUUGAGUGCCUGAGAAUCGUCAUCUAUCAGAUAUCCAAUAAUGCGAUGGACCCGCUCUGGAGUGCCCAACGAUGGGAAGCAACUUUUGACCUCUUCUCUCGCGCUGGUCUUCUGAACACCGCGCUUGACCUCAAAGGAGUUAGAGAACGAAGCUUGACUGUCAGAGCAUUCAUGGACAACCUGUUCCGAGCCGCCAUUGUCGCCGUCACCGGUGGCAUGGUAUUAAGGGAGAAAAACACUCGGGAGAGAGCUCUGGGCCUGAUCAAGUGGCUCUUGUCUUCAGGCCAAGAUCCAAAUAUCCGUAUGCAUGACGCAACGCCUCUCGAGCGAGCUGUUGGAGCUGCACAGCCCGACCUGACCGAGCUUCUCCUGAUUGCGGGUGCUGACCCCGAUGUUGCUGGUAAUUGGUCUCACCAUAGAUCGCUCAUGGAUCUCAUGCUGGCUUAUGAAGGCCCUAAUGACAAUAAAGUGCGGAUCAUCAAGCUCUUGUUACCGCACACUCGCUCGACCAACCUAGAAAAGGUCCUCCAUGCAGCCAUCAAGCUACGCGACCCAGAUCUCGUCGAACAAGUCGUGGAACGUGGACCGUAUCUUCUUGCCAGUACAGCCAGAGCCGAAUACCCAAUCUGUCACGACACCGCCUUGAGCGUCGCUGCUGCGGUCGAUAUUGAUGCUACGACUUCUAUCUUGCGUCAUAUCGAGGUCCAAUAUCCAUCCAGGCCGACGUCGGCGUUUAUUACUCAGGAUGUUUUCAUCGCAGCGGCUAGCGCAGGAAAUACCGAUGUGGUAUUAUUUCUCCAUGGCAUCAGCCCUACUGGCGGCUCUCCCAACCUGAAACUCAUUACAUCUCUACAGGCAGCAGUAAGCAGAGGUCACCUGGGAACCUGCCAAUUGCUUCUUCAGCUCUAUGGCGGGCUAUCAGCUGCUCUCAUCUACAUUGCAUGCCAUCAUGGCCAUUUGGAUCUUUUGCAGUACCUCCUCGAGAAUGGGCUCUCGGUCAAUGAACCCAUGACUUCCAAAGACGCACAAGCCUGUUGCGCCUUAUGCAAGGAGUUCGUUAAGGUCAAUGUCAGCAGCGGACAACCUGUAACGGCUCUACAAUAUCUUUUGAAGUAUUUGGAUUUGGAUUUUUACCCGAAGUAUUUUCGUCUUGGAUAUCCCCCAGGCUGGCUUGAGCUUUUGAUCAGACGGGGUGCUGUGUUGCCCCGGGGCUCGGUUGUCAGGUUUGCCAGAAUGUGGUGGGAUAAAGCAUUGUUAGCUGCUUUGGACGCCGGCGGAAGCGCAAAUGAAACAAGCCCUAACGGUGAGAGUGCACUUCAUUGUACUUUAAGAUAUACCUGGACUGGAGAUUUAGCCAAACAACUUGCUACUGUCAAAACUCUCCUGGAGAGAGGUGCACAGGUACGUGGAGGGGAGGUCCUUCAAGCGAUGACGAUUCGAGACCGGCACCUUGUCCGACUUCUUCUACGUCAUGGAACAAGAUUAUUUGACACACAUGAGAACAGGGGGCAUACUCUUGACGCAGCAAUCAUGUUGAACAAUGACAAACUGCUCGAAAAGGUGGUUGCGAAAUUGCCCGGGUACUACGACGCAGGGUCGCUGUGCGCAGCGGUUAAAACUGGAAACAUACGGAUCAUCAACCUGCUUUUAGCCAACCGGCCCCAGAAAGUAGAGGCCGAUUUGCUGGAGGGCACCGCGGUUGGUCUGGCUGCGGAAUCGGGAGAUAUCCAGCUGGUGCGAAAACUCCUUGAACAUCUCGGAAAACCGGAUUCUGCAUUAAUUCAAUGCAGCAACGGUGACGGAAUUGUGUUCUUCCACUGCGAUUCGAGUUUUUGGCGUCAAAACCCUAAAAUGCUUAUCGAGGCUAAUCCGCUCGCCCUGGCUGUCUCCGAGCCCACCGAGGACGACAUCGGGGAUCUUUCUCUCUCCGAGGACGACACCAAGGGUUUCUCUGAACUGCUAGAAAAUGGCUACCGAUCUGACAGACUUACCUGGUUAAGGGUCCUAAGUUUAGGGCACUACUCAUGCCUGUACCUGGAGAGGCUAUUACAUUUCAAGCAACGACUGGAUGGCGUCCCACCGCAUCCGCUGGAAACGGUGUCCUUGCUCUGUGACUUCAUCAGGAAUGAAAACAAAGACGUGCUACACUACCUGUUAAAGGCCGGGGCAGACGCCAAUGAAUACAAUCGUACCGGUAUUGGUCGACCGGGCAACCGGUCCCCUCUUCAAAUGGCUGUUCAGUUUGGCAACUUGGACAUUAUCGAUCUCCUUCUACAAGCCGGAGCACAUCUCAAUGCUCCACCAUCAUUCUUUAGAGGGGCCACAGCUUUGCAGAUUGCCGCUAUCCAAGGUAAUCUUGGGCUGGCGAAACAGUUGCUCGAUCUUGGUGCCCGCAUAAAUGCUCGGGGGGCGAGACAGUGUGGGAGAACGGCAUUAGAGGGAGCCGCAGAGCAUGGAAGGCUUGAUAUGCUGCAACUGCUGCUUCAUUCCGGAGCCCUCACCACUGAAGCUGGACAACUUCAGUUUGUACGAGCGGUCCACUUCGCAGAGCAAAGUGGGCACGAUGCUGCGGCGGACUUAUUGCGGCAGUCACGACAGUGGACAGAUGAGGAUGCAGAUCUGUAUGAAAAGAGAUCCCCUCGAUGCGGCGACAACUGUUUUGAAGAGUUUGUCUUUGACGAUGGACAGUCAGGCUGGAUAUGUUUGGACGACGAAAAUGGCCGGGCUCAUUGCUGUGAUGAGAUACACAGUGCUGGAGAUGAAUGCAUACAUGACUAUACAGAGAUCGAAGAUAUGUGGUACACCGAUAGAACCAGAGAAAUGGAUGCCUUGAAAUCCGGAGAGUCGUACGAUGAAUUGGAUGAGUGCGAGGAAUCUGUCAAUGGAUCUGAUGAGGAUCUGCUAUGAAGAAUUAAUAGGGGGCAUGACCCUACUACUACUCCACCUCUUGUCGCAAUAGCUGCGGUCGGGGACGUGUUGGAGUCUCAUAGGGAUCUGGGUAGAGAUCGGAGUAUCCACUUGUUCGUUGACGUUUUAAGGGGCUCAAUGUUUCAUCAGAAAGGCAACAUCAACGCGGAUCGUUAAGCAAUGGAUCAACUGUGUCGGCAGGAUGGGUUAUUAGAUAGUAGGGUUUCAAUUCCUCAAGCUAUAUAUCCAGAGAUAAAAAUGCAAUACAAGCAUACACAGAUAAAAUAGAUAUAAUUUCAUAAAGAUAUUAAUGUUAGGGGGUUAAUGCAUAGAUAAAG